UCCUCAUCUGCAACGCGAUAAUGGUAGAACCGCCCAUGCAAGUGCCAACGGAUUUUCGCCCCGACAAUACCGAGCCCCCGUACUGGAAAUUCCCUCCUUUCCCUCAGAUCGAGGGUAGAAAUGUCUUGUCAUUCAAGGAUUUCAGGCCAGCUGGUCUUCGCAUAGUACAUGAUGAUGAUGAAGAGGAAGUGGAUGGAUUAGGCAUUCCAACAGCAACUCUGAGGGUAACUCACGAUCCAGACAAACCAAGGAGAAAGAGGAGAAAAGGCGGCCGCAGUAAUGGCACUACAGAACGACCACCUUGGAAUGAAGAAUGGGCCGAGUUAAAACAGAAGCCUCCACGCUUCGACCCUUUGCAUGAUCGACAUGAUCGCAUGGAUCAGGCGGAUAGUGAGUUCCAACUUGGCAGAGUUUUUCCGCCUCUCAUUCUCACUUUUUAUAAUGAGUUCCGUUUUUUCAUUGGGCUCACGGACACUACGGCAUAUGACAAGAAACCCAAACGAUCUAAUGAGGCCUCUGAGCAGCGACCAGCCGACGACCCCGAAACGCCUGGCGAUGCAGAAGGUGCUGACGAUGGUUCAAUGACAGAUGACGAAGGUCCUCCAGCUGUUUCCGAUGACCCAUUCGAUCACACCAAAACAUCUCCAUACGACCUUGAUGUCAGGGUAAAAGAGGAUCGCAUGUCACUCUUCUUGGAUAAUCCUGAAAGGGCCGUAAAGGUUUUCUUCUCAUCGCAUUUCUUUCUCCGCGGACUCUCUUUUGGGGAACAGUCUGUUAUGUGCGCCCCAAUGGUUGUUCGCUUUUUCUUGGAAUUUCUUCUUCGUCAUGAGGUGAUCCCUGAGCUUAGUGGUGUGCUCAAACGGGCGGUCGAAGCCACUACAUUGGCGAGCGACCAAUUACCUAGGACGAGGAAGGUGUCUUGGAGCUUCCCCGAUGCUUGGGGAGUCGCUUGUAAGGAUCUUUUUGGAACAUUAGAUCCUCCAGCUUGGGGUAUUGAAGGGGAUGAGAUUUUCGAGACCUCUGAGCCACAAGGUCGUAUUAUGGAGAUUGAUCCCGAUGUGCCCGCUCCAGAGCUCCUGGAGACUCUCGAAAUAUCAGGUGCAUCCGCCACUGAGGUUCUAGAGGAUGCAACCAAUAGGGACCUCGCUGGCAAGUUUUCGGGUUUAAACGUUCGCGAUGGAGAUUCAGAAUCCCCUGCUGGAGAUAUUUUGGGUCCCAAGGACCCCUGGAAAGAGCAUGAAAAUUCCGGGGCUUCUGCCACCGACGAAGAACUCAUGGGUUGGAAUGACAUCGACGCAGAACCGACUUGGGGUGCUCCGUUGCCAAGAGCCAAUAUCUUCCCUUUCGUCGGACCAUCUUCCUUCGUCUAUACGCACAUUGCAAUCCGGGCAGAACGUUCGAACCGUGAAAUCGUCGCUGUAUAUCCCCCAGUUAUUGCCUCUAAGAAUCCGCCAGGCAACGUCUCUCUUUUUCACGCCAAUCUCGCAUCUGUAGUCCUCAAGCCUUGGGACUCACAGAAGGACGACCCUGAUAUCCCUCGUCCAACGAUUAUAUGCGACAACGCCAAGUCUCAGGGGUAUUUGGCACAGCAUGAUCCUCUUAAGGACAAUAUUACCGUCUUGGUUGCUCCUUCUGCGAUCGAAGGCAUGAGUUCGGGAAUGUGCAUUGGAGGUGUUUUUGUCCAGGUCAUUCAACGUCCUGAGACCAUAGCCGAUAAAAAACCGUCUAAAAAACCGUCUAAACUCGACGGACGCAUGUGGUGGUACGCCGAGGCAGUCACUGAAGUCUUCCCUUGCUUUUGGGAACGCUACAAGCUCCCCUAAAUGACGCCUCGAUUCCAUUUGAUGUAACGCUCCAACUUUACACUAAAGAGCUUCCAAACUGUAUCUGUUCGCUAUCUAGACUGUUACAACAACCAUCUUGUAAAUACAUUUCAACAGCGUGCCAUUCCUUAAGACAUUUUUUCAUCAAGAAUUUCAGGCUCGUGGUCUUCGUCGUCG